AUGCACCUGCAACUCACCGUCUUCGGCUACACACAAACCCGCCCGCACACACCCAAACAAAUACGCCUCACAAACAAAUCCGCCUCCACUGCUCCCCUUCCUGCCGACACACAUAAAACAACGCCUACCCUAACCACCCUCUACGCUGGCUUCAAAACUCCCCCCACGUGCCAACAACGCCACCGAACGCCCCUCCACUCGCUCUUCCCAUCUACGAACAACCCUCACACCCCACACGCCGACCUCCCACGCACGCCCUCUCUCGUACCACGCCUUCUCUCUACGCCUAACCUCACGACGCGCUCCUUCAGUCCAAACGCACUGGCUCAGCCUUCGUGCAGGGGCUCCUUCACAAAACACAAACACUCCCCAACCCUACACCCGCCACGUCUUCACCUGCACGCUGACGCCCCAAUGCACCUGCAACUCACCGUCUUCGGCUACACACAAACCCGCCCGCACACACCCAAACAAAUACGCCUCACAAACAAAUCCGCCUCCACUGCUCCCCUUCCUGCCGACACACAUAAAACAACGCCUCCCCUAACCACCCUCUACGCUGGCUUCAAAACUCCCCCCACGUGCCAACAACCCCACCGAACGCCCCUCCACUCGCUCUUCCCACCAACGAACACAACCCUCCACCAAACACUCCCACUCCGUCAAUGCACACUAUCACACAACCCACACACCAACACAAACUCCCCAAACGCCCCAACGAACACAACCCACACGCCCCACACGCCACCUCCCACGCACGCCCUCUCUCGUACCACGCCUUCUCUCUACGCCUAA